AUGGACACGACUCAGACAGAUGUGGCUACCUCGAAAAUGGGGUGGGAGGACAUUUUCGGAGACGAAGAGCUUUGCGACACCGAUGUCGUCCGGAAAGCAAGACGCGCGCCGACGAAUACCCCUUUCGACAUCCCGCUCGAAAUUGGGCAGCAUAUCUUCACCCUCGUUUGCGCAUAUAUACCCGACCGCGCGCGUCAUCUAAAGCCAGUGUCGCCAUUGAAACUCGGUCGCAUCUGCAGAUCUUGGAGAAACGCAGCCUGGACCUGUCCUCGCCUUUGGAAGACCAUACACCUCGAACUCAGAAAAGGUCACAUCGAUACGCAGCGACAAAUAUUGGAAGGAUGGCUCGAGCGCUCGAAAGAACUGCCAUUGGAAGUUUACCUGAGAAUUCCGGAGUUGAAUUGUACCUCGGAACUCGAAGCCGUGUACGACUUACUCGCAACUCAUGGGCGGCACCUCGGAACCAUCGAUCUCGUAAUGUACAAGCAGACGGAGUGGGCGGUUAUUGAAGAAAAGCUGAAGGGAAAACUCGACACUCUCGCAUCUCUUUGCAUCAGCGUAGAGGAGCACACAAUGCGGGACGAAUGGCCCCAUAUGGGUGGCUUCUUGGAUUAUCCUUCCCUGCGAAGAGCCCAUCUGCACGGUGUCAAGGCGCUUUACGAAAUCUUCCUCCCUUGGCGUCAAUUAACACACCUAGUCCUAGAUCGCAUCCCAAUCGAUGGAUGCUUCGCCAUUGUCAUGCAGACGUCUCAUUCACUUCAGCACCUAACCAUCUGCAGCGUUGACGAUGGGUCGACCGGACCGGUCCACUGGGUUUCCAGACGCUCGAAGGUAACCUGCCCAAACUUAGAGACUCUGGAGAUCGGCGACACCACCGGAAAGGCAUUGAUUCUUUGCCUCCAUUUCCAUUUCCCCAACCUCCGGCGUGUUUCGCUUUCCAUAAACGAGCACAGUCGUGGACCGGGGUCGGACACGGAUCUCAGUCCAGGCGACAUCAUACCGACCGUUUGGGAAGAACGGAUGAAAUUACUCCCAAUGCCCCCAUUGUUCGACUCUUCCCCCAACCUUGCCUCUCAGCUCGAGGUCCAAUCGUGCUUGACGCGACCGAAGGACUUUGAAUUCAAGUAUCAGGUGGAGGUGGAGAGAGAACCCGGGAGCGGCGGUUACACUGACAGUGCAUACAUCCUAUUCAAGGCGAGGUACUGGCUUGAGGAGGAUACAAGAUGGCGCCAGAAGAUCGCUGAGCAACUCUACCGGUGGGCCAGACCUUUGAGGGAGGUAAGGGAGGCACAAAGAGACAAGUAUGCGAUGCCGAGGAUAGUUUUAGAGGUUCCUACUUCGUACAUGUCGGCUAUUGACGAACGGUUUGGAUCAGGUGGUCUGCAGGAGCUUGGAAUAUCGAUGCGCCCGUUUGUUUCCAUUCCUCACGUCUCUCAACUUCGUUAG